AUGAAGUCUGUUUCUGUUCUUCUCUUCACGGCCGGCCUGGUGUCCGCUGUGGCUGUCCCUGUUCAGCUGGCUGAGCGAGCGGCUCUUCAACCCCUUCCCGGUCUUACCGCCGUCGAAGAGGAUCUGGAAAAGCGAGGCUUGAGCUUUGUAGAGCUGAUGGCGAGGCAGGAGGCUGCUCAAGGCGAACGCCCAUCUAGCGCUGCUCCCGCCGCUGCAUCUACAACGGCUGCCGCAGAAGCUCCUGCCGAAACACAAAACAACCAGGACCAGAACAAGGACCAGAACAAGGACCAGAACAAGGACCAAAACAAGGACCAAAACAAGGAUCAAAACAAGGAUCAAAACAAGGACCAGAACAAGGAUCAGAACCAGAACCAGAACCAGGAUCAGAACAAAGAUCAGAACAAGGACAAUAAGGGCCAGAAUAACAACAACAACAACAAUAACAAAGAUAAUAAUAACAACAACAACAACAACAACAAGGAUAAUAACAACAACAAUAACAACGACCAGAAUAACAACAACAACAACAAUAACAACAACAACAACAACGGAAACAGGAACGAUGAUAUCAACCAAAUUAUCCAGCAGGGCCUUCAGGGCAAUCUUUUCCAAAGCCUCUUGACCCCUUCCAUCACUGCCAUCAUCAACCAGAUGGGAAUUGGUCAAAACUUCAACUUUGGGGCUAUCCAGAACCUGGGAUUUGCCGACCAGAUUUUCCUGUUCAACCAGCUUCAGCUGGCGCAGGGCUUUGUUCAGUUUGGUGUUGUUCCGAGACAGCAGGUUAUUACUGUCCUCAACAAUGGAUUCGUAAGCAACGGUAUCAACGUCGGCAUUUUCAAGCGCGAUGUGGAAGAAUGA